GGUGCCUUUUUCCGCUACAUGCGGCAGCAGUGCAUCAAGCAAGAGCUCAUCUGCAAGUGGAUCGACCCCGAGCAGCUGAACAACCCCAAAAAAAGUUGCAAUAAAACUUUCAGCACCAUGCACGAGUUGGUCACCCACGUCUCGGUGGAGCACGUUGGGGGACCCGAGCAGAGCAACCAUGUCUGCUACUGGGAGGAGUGUCCCCGGGAAGGCAAGCCCUUCAAAGCGAAAUACAAACUGGUCAACCACAUCCGAGUGCACACGGGAGAGAAGCCCUUCCCCUGCCCCUUCCCCGGCUGCGGAAAAGUUUUCGCCAGAUCUGAAAACCUCAAAAUUCACAAAAGGACGCACACAG